CUCAUGAAUUAUUGUUAUUUAUAUAGGUAUUGUUAUCGAAUGACAGAGAUUUAAUUUCAUGAGUUUUUGUAAGUGAACAUUCGAGUAAUAUUUUUAAACAUGGGGAAACUAGAUGUUACUAUCCUGCGGUAUUUAACUGCUGAAGAUUUUCGUGUGCUAACUGCGGUGGAAAUGGGUAUGAAGAACCACGAACUGGUUCCUGGUUCACUUGUUGCUUCUAUAGCCAAUCUUCGUCAUGGUGGUGUUCACAAAUUAAUGAAGGACCUUUGCAAACAUCGUUUGUUGACAUACGAACGAGGAAAACAUUAUGAUGGAUAUAGAUUGACAAACUCAGGUUAUGAUUACUUGGCGCUAAAGGCUUUAACAAACAGAAAAGUUAUUGCAUCUUUUGGUAACCAGAUUGGAGUUGGGAAAGAAUCUAAUAUUUAUAUAGUAGCAGAUGAAGAUAAAACUCCCCUUUGCUUAAAACUGCACAGACUUGGCAGAACCUGUUUUCGUCAAAUCAAAGGCAAGCGUGACUACCAUGCUCACAGGAACCGUGCAUCUUGGCUCUACCUGUCCCGUAUCUCGGCCACUAAGGAGUUUGCCUACAUGAAGGCUUUGUACGACAGAGAGUUCCCUGUGCCCAAGCCUAUUGAUUUCAAUAGACACUGUGUUGUAAUGGAAUUAGUUAGUGGAGGUCCUUUGACUCGGGUAUCAUCAGUCUCAGAUCCAGAAUGGCUCUAUGAUGAGUUGAUGAGUUUGAUAGUCCGCCUUGGUAACUGCGGCGUUAUUCAUGGUGACUUCAAUGAGUUUAACAUCAUGAUAGAUGAGGAAGGGCACCCAAUCAUUAUUGACUUCCCCCAAAUGGUGUCAACAAUGCAUCCUAAUGCUGAACUGUACUUUGACCGUGAUGUGAGGUGUGUUCGAGAAUUUUUCAAAAAACGUUUCGCCUUUGAGAGUGAUCUGUACCCCAAGUUCAGUGAUCUGGAGAGAGAUGACCAACUAGAUGCUGAGGUUGCCUGCUCUGGUUAUAAGCGAUGCAAACUUACAGAGGAUGAGCUGCUCGAAGAGAUGGGAAUAUGUCUAGAAGUUAGUGAUGAUGAAGAAGAGAAUGAUGAUAUCAAUGAAGAACAAGUUUCCAAUAAAAUAACUGAGGAUGAGAUUGAUAUGCUGAGGCGAGAGGUUGAAGCUUCCAUCCAACAUGAUAUUACAAUUCAUAGCUUAUCAUCGAAAACUAGUAAUUUGAAAUUAGACACAGAUACUCUACCAUCAUUAGAAUUAGUCACAGAUAAUAUAUUAAUAUCAGCAACUGAAACAGAUGACACAGAGGUGCCAACAUUAGUGCAGGUCAAAGAGGACACUCAAGACAAUGAUGGAGGUAGCAUAGACAAAAAUUCACAGAAGUAUAGACUAGCUAUGAUUGAGAAAGCACUAUCAGAUGUGCGUUCUAUGAGGUCGUAUACAUCAGCGAGUACAAUAGCCCCAGAUGUUGUUAAGCAACAGGUUAAAAAGAACUUAGAACAAAGACAGAAGAAAGUAGAAAGGAAGAAGGCAGUGGCGAAGGGCGAGGCGAGUGCUGGGACCAGAGUGAAGAGAGAAAACAGGGAGACUAUAAGAGAAAGUCAUGGCUUAUGGGGUUGGGAUGAAUAAACAUUAAACAUUGAGUUUAUUGUUAUUAGACUGUUGUUAUAUACACGAAUAAAAAUAUUUUUAUCUUUUCAAAA